GAUGUGGCCAGCCGCUUUGACCCGCCUGCUGCGACGCCGGAUAGUGUACAUCGUGCUGGCGGUGCUGCUGCUGGUCUACGGAUUCGGGCAGCUCUUUAAUCAGGACUCCUUUGGCGGCCUGCACGGCGACGAGUAUGUGGUGCAGCGCACCCGGCCGCUGCUCUGGACGCAGCAGCUCCUGGCGCCCGAGGAGCAGCUGAAUCGCACGGAGUCACGAUGCCGCAACUCCGUCCAGGGCCACCGGCUGCUGGCCGACGAGCGGGGCUUCGUGUGCCGGCGCGAGGAGCUGCUAGCCACCGGCUGCUGCAAUCCGGAGCUGCCCGGCAUUGGUUACUACAGCUGCCGCACCUGCAACGCGAGCAGCCACUGCUGCGGCGUCUACGAGUACUGCGUCUCCUGCUGCCUGCAUCCCGGCCAGCAACCGCUGCUCGAGCGCGUCCUGCGGGCGCCCAAUACCCCGAAGUACAUCUUCGCCAGCGUGGCCGAUCACUUCGAGCUGUGCCUGGUCAAGUGCCGCACCAAUUCGCACUCCGUGGAGCACGAGAACAAGUACCGCGAUGCGGCGGCCAAGCAUUGCUACGGUCUCACCGAGGCCCACGAGUCCCAGCGCGAUGUGGCGCCCCAGGGAGCCAGCCGGAGGUGACGGAGGUUGCUUCCACGGAUGAGCUUUACCGCGAACU